CUUUGUGCCGAAGUGUGUCAAAUAUUCAAGACGUCUAGGUCGUACAUGGUGUUUUGUUAUGUUUACGCUGUUGUGAAUAAGGGCCAUCUGGCACACAUGAUACAAAUGUAUACCAGUCUUUUUUUAACAGCUUUUAAUAAGUUUUGCAACAUUGUAACGUAAUGAACUAAAAUGGAUUAUGUUGAUAUCAACAGUCGUUUAAAUGUUUACUGUUUUUGUAAACAUUUUUGAGAAAACACGAAAUGCCACCAUUUAAACGUGAUACUCAUAGUUUCUAUAAAUGAUGUAAUUAUUUCAUUUCUUUAUACUUAAACAGUUCAAAUGUCAAGUCCUAAGCUUCGUAUGAUUACAGUAUUUGUCAUCAAUAUAAAGUUAAACUUAUUAUGCUGAUGUGCAAUGAUUGGCAUCAUUGCGUUUUCUAACUAAUUUGCAUGGUUAUAUAUUUUAUUUAAGCGUGUGGAAUAUUUUACAGAUUGUAGGGAAUUGUAAUUGCAAACUUUUCAUUUUAAUCUUGAGGCAAAGCAUGAAUUUUCCUUGUGUAUUCAUUCAUGUAUAUUUGUGAUUUAUUUACACAGACAUUCGCCAACUCUGUUUUCAAAGGUGCCAAAUUUUCUUGUGAUCGUUUUCGCCAUGCAUUGUUGAGAGACUUGCGGAAGAUGGAUGUUCAACAGCUGUAUCUUCAUCUAGGCUCAAAUGACAUUCUUACGAAUGAAGCGGUGUUUUACCGAGAUGUAGCUGACUUGUGCGAUUUGGUGCAUCAGGAGGCGCACAAUCGGUGUCCAGAAUGCAGGGUUGUUUGCUCCAACGAAGACGCUUUGCUGAGCCACUUCUGCAGUCGCCACAUCAAGCAACCAGAGACUGGAAAAGAGAGUAAAAUUAAGCUGAUAGGCUCACCAAUGAUUGCAUCUGCUAAUCAUGAACUCAACGAAGUCAGCUCAAGGAAGUGGAAGGCAUGCUUGGAAAAUAGAAGUUUCCAUUAUGAAGGAACAUACAAACAUUUCCCACCCACCAUGUGGAUCAAGAUGUUUGGGCUGAUGAUUCUGGGUCGUAUGUGUGGACAAGGUGGUCCUCAUUACAUCAUGAUGCAGCUGUGUAUUCAACAACAUGUUAAUCUGUCCCAGCGGAUGUUGAUGCUCUUAAAUGAUGUUGAGAAAAAUCCAGGACCGGAGUAUUCGUGCAAAUGGAUAUCCUGCAAGGAAGACUUCCACUCCAUAGGACAGCAAGAUGCACAUAUCAUCUCUCAUGUGGUUCAAGAGAAAUGCUGUAGAUGGGGAGACUGUACCAAAGUCCUGAGCUUUAAUAGUCUUGAAAUCCAUGAACUUAAACAUCUCUAUGAUGUGAGUUUAGCACUGUGUAUGAACUGGUGUUGCUUCAUUUUCUGCAUAUCUUUAUCUCAGUCUUCUCUAGUUUUGAUGGUCAAAUACAUAUUGUCUGCCAGUUUUUUUCCCCCAAUACUGCCGUUCAUCGUUUGCUUGCAUCAAGAGUUUUAAAAGAAAUUAAAACUCUUUUGUUUAGUUAGAAUCUUAUGAAAGACUUAAAUGGCCAUGUUUAAUACAAUUGUAUAACAACAUAUACGAGCUAAAAAAAAUAGUUGGAAUAAUUAAUGUAUAUAUGAACAUAACAAAUUUACUUAAAAUCAUAGGUCUUGUUUUUGCCUGCCACUAUAAGAACCAGAACAUAUUUCGGACAUUCGAGGAUUGACUUGCUGUGUUAGAGGAUCAUCAGGUGAUGGAAGAAACCAGGCUUUUUUCGACUCAAUGUUGAUGAAACCUGAUCGACAUGCUCAUCUUGGUUGAGUAAGCCUGGGUUGAGUGUGUCCAAAAAGUAGGUAACCUGGUGAAAUCUUAGGAAAACAUUGUAACCAGAUCCAGGUUUAUUUGACUGACAGACCGAUGGACAGUGGGUCAACCGUAAAUCCCUUCAUGUGAAAACGGUAGGGACAAAAUAAAUAUCACAUUGCUUUUCUGAGUUCAUUUGUAAACCAAGUUUUAUCACAAAAUUAAAAUGGUCAAUGUAUUAUUUUGUGUAUUUGAAAAUUAUGUGAAUAUUAAGUUUCAUGAAAUCUUACUGAGUUUUCUCAAUUUUAGCUACUAUUCGGACAUGG